UUUUACACAGGGUGGCAUGUAACCCAGGCUGGCCUUGGACUGGCUCCGUAGCUGAGGAUGACCUUAUGCUUCUUUGCCUCUUGGAACUGGUGUUGGGAUAACCCUGCCAUCAGCAUCACGGAAAAUGUGCUGCAUUUCAAAGCCCAGGGACAUGGUGCCAAAGGAGACAAUGUCUAUGAAUUUCACCUGGAGUUCUUAGACCUCGUGAAGCCAGAGCCAGUGCACAGGCUGACCCAGAGGCAGGUGAACAUCACAGUCCAGAAGAAGGUGAGUCAGUGGUGGGAGAGGCUCACCAAGCAGGAGAAGCGCCCACUGUUUUUGGCCCCUGACUUUGAUCGCUGGCUGGAUGAAUCUGAUGCAGAAAUGGAGCUGAGAGCCAAGGAGGAAGAACGCCUAAAUAAACUCAGACUAGAAAGUGAAGGCUCCCCUGAAACCCUUACAAGCUUGAAGAAAGGGUACCUGUUCAUGUAUAACCUUGUGCAGCUUCUGGGCUUCUCCUGGAUCUUUGUCAACCUGACAGUGCGGUUUUUUAUUUUAGGAAAAGAGUCCUUCUACGACACGUUCCACACCGUGGCUGACAUGAUGUAUUUCUGCCAGAUGCUGGCGCUAGUGGAAACUCUCAAUGCUGCGAUUGGUGUCACGAGUUCCCCAGUGCUGCCUACUCUCAUCCAGUUUCUUGGAAGAAAUUUUAUUCUGUUUAUCAUCUUCGGCACCAUGGAAGAAAUGCAAAACAAAGCUGUGGUUUUCUUUGUGUUUUAUUCAUGGAGCACAAUUGAAAUUUUCAGGUACCCCUUCUACAUGCUUUCCUGCAUCGACAUGGACUGGAAGGUGCUCACGUGGCUCCGUUACACUGUGUGGAUUCCCCUAUACCCGCUGGGAUGCUUGUCAGAAGCUGUGGCAGUGAUCCAGUCCAUUCCAGUAUUCAACGAAUCAGGAAGGUUCAGUUUUACUUUGCCAUCUCCAGUGAAGAUGAAAGUCAAAUUUUCCUUCUUUCUUCAGGUUUAUCUUGUAAUGUUGUUCUUGGGGUUAUAUAUUAAUUUUCGUCACCUUUAUAAACAGCGCAGGCGGCGGUAUGGACAAAAAAAGAAAAAGCUCCACUAAAGAGAAAUUUGGUAGCUUCGUGCCGGUUUGAGCUCAAUCUAUGAUUCUUACUGUUUUACCUUCUUGUACUGUUGUAAAAGUUAUUAUUAUUAUUAUUAUUAUUUUUAAGUAAGGCUAUCUCCUUUCCCCAGUAACAUUCCUGAAUUUGCUGUAUUCUAUUUUGGUGUUGUACUUGCAUGACAUGGGUUUCUGAUAUCUGACAACAGUUCAUUCCUGUGUAAUGACAGUGAGACUGACCCCACCUUCUCCUGUCAGCCUGCUAUUCCCCACAGUACUGUCCAUCUUUACAGUUAGGACUUGGUCUUUCUGCUAUUGCUUGUGAAAAACAAAAAACAAGACUACAUUUCUCCAUUGAAGAUUGUCAAUGACCCAGGCAGGACCUUAUUAUAUCCAAGGGGUUACUUGUGUAGGAGGUAGAACUGACUUUUUGAAAAUCAGGUAAACUUAUUGAUUAAACAUUUUUGAGUCAGAGUAGGGCUGGAGAACACUUUGUAUUUGAUGUCUUUUGGCCUAAAGACAUUCAUUAUGACAGCACUUAUCAACAUGAGCAUCAAAGAGGCAGAGUGAUUUAAAGAAAGAAUCAGAACUUGGGAACCCCAUGAAUACUUCAUUCCUAGCUAAAUCAGAACUAUCUGCAACACUGGAGAAAGAGGGAGCAUUACUUGCAAAACACUGACAUUUUAAGUUCCAAAUGUGAAUGAAUGGCUGCAAGGUCAGAAAGGGACAUAGAUUUGGGAACUAGACAGGAACCAGCUGUUAUAAUGGAGCCUAUGGCAAACACACAUUAGUAGGUCAGACACACCUACAAGCUGUCUUGCUCUAUAAACACAGAAUCAGUCUACAACUCUUGGACUAGGUCAGUCCAUUUACUUGUGUAUUUCUCUGAGUAAUUGGUGAGACUACUUUUUUGAACUUCAAACUCCUGUGUUUUUUUGUUUUUGUUUUUUAAAUCUGUGUGCAGUAGGAACUUGCUGGGAAAUUAACUGGAUGUCUGCAGGAAACCCCCCAAAAGGGGAACUGAACAAAAUCUAGACGUUAGGGUUGUCCAUCGUAUAAGACAGUGUCAUCCUCUCUACAUUCCAUGUAAACCAAGUGAUGACAUAACACUAUAACAAGAGCUUAAGGGGUACCAGUGUCUAGAUCUGCCACUCCCAGUGUUCUUGGGGAAAGGAGACUUGUGUUGUCUCAAUAAGCACAAAGUAGAUUGGCAUUAAACUGGCUGGUUUGACACACCCCA